AGCUUUGCAAUCCGAAUCCGGACAUUUACUGCCUGGGCUGCUUGUAAACAAAGUCGAAACCACACCCGCACUGAAGCCCGUGUCCUGGCCACGUUGCCAUGGCUCCUGGUCGGGUGUUUGACCCCGUUUUUUGGCCACCCUGACAGCCACCCUCUUCCGCAAAGGGUAACGCGCCCCCAAAAAAUACCUGUUUUGGGACCUGUUCUAUUGUGAAACUAUUCACCACUCAUAAUAUGUUGAAAAAAGACACUAAGAAAUGUGACUAAUUAUUUCAACGGGUAUCUAAUAGUCGAGUCACUGGACACUGGAUAAUAUAAAUGUAAAUGUGUAGACAAUUCAAACAAUUACAAAUAAUUAUCAUGUGGUUUUUUCUUAAGUUUCUAUUUGGUCAGUUUUAAAAUAUUUAAAUUUCAUACUCGCUUUCAUACGGACAGACCGACGGACGGACCAGGGAUCCUGAUCAAGAAUAAAUAUUGAAAACGCUUCUUUCUACCUGUUAAAUUCUUUUCGAAUGUAAAUUUUAUUGAAUCUACUAUACCCUCUAACUUUCCAAGCAACGGGUAUAAUAACUUAUACUCAAAUAAAUGCACAUAUGUACAUAUAAAUUAAAUUUAAUUCUUCUAAAACGCUGAGAACUAGCUAAAUGUAUGCCUGACCUUGAUCCUUGAUUUUGACAAAAAAUAUUGUUUACCUAUAAAAAUAAGAGUAUUCAGACAUUGUGUUUCCUCGACAAAGAAUUAUGAAUUGUAGAGAUAAGGCUUUUAACAAUUUAAUGUACCUAUAAAAACGAUCCACGGUCAGCUCGGGCAGUUUGCUGACAGAUCGUACAGAUGUGGGGCGCUAUUGCAGCGAUCACAGCUCUGGCCAUUGGAGUCCUCUGUUCUCUGGGCAAUGGAGAGUACUUGGAACCAAGAUGCGGGCUUACUGCUAAUACACUCUCUUUUAAAAUAACCGGUGGCAGAGAUGCGAUCAUAAACUCAAAUCCCUGGAUGGCCUACAUCCAUACCUCCACCAAAUUAAUCUGCGGAGGAACUCUCAUUACCCAGCGGUUUGUCCUGACAGCAGCGCAUUGUGUUAACGAAGGAAAUGCGAUAAAGGUGCGACUAGGUGAGUACGAUGAUACCACGACAGAGGACUGCGACGGAAACAUCUGCAUCCCAAGGGCUGAGGAGCACGACGUGGACAUGGCCAUCCGGCAUGGAAAGUUCUCCGAGAGCAGAAACCUGAACGACAUCGCGCUGAUUCGCUUGGCCAGUUUUGUGACUUUCAAAGCUCACAUCUCGCCCAUCUGCAUCAUUUUGGAUACCUCUAAGAGGAAAGUAGUCGAUAGCAUGCAGUGGUUUAUUGCCACCGGCUGGGGCGAGACUAAAACAAACAGGACACGAGGUACUCUGCAGAUCACCCAACUAAAGCGCUAUGAUCCAUUCUAUUGCUGGCAAGCCCUUGGCAGGCCUGUGCAGCAGAACCAAUUUUGCGCCGGACACCUUGGAUCCGAUACGUGCAACGGAGACUCCGGCGGUCCGCUCUUCCAGACUGUGAGUCACAUGCACAAGAAGCGUCCCGUGCAAUUCGGAGUCGUCAGCUACGGCAGCAGCGAGUGCUCCGGAAUCGGGGUCUACACGGAUGUGUACAGCUACACCGAUUGGAUCGCAACCGUGGUGCAGCAGAACACCCAUGUGCCCGCACCCAUAAUGUCAGAGCAAGGGGCCGCCAACUUCUUGAUUCCGUCCUGCGGAGUAUCCUAUGAGUCCAGUGUGGCCACUAGAAUAGUUCGCGGCAAGGAAGCCAUGCUGAAAUCGGCUCCAUUUAUGGCCUAUUUGUACUACAGCUCCGAGAUCCACUGUGGCGGAACGAUCAUCUCGAAAUACAUUCUAACUGCAGCUCACUGUAUGAGGCCCUAUCUAAAGGUGCGAUUGGGGGAACACGAUAUUACCAGAAAUCCCGACUGCCAGGGCGGAUCUUGUUCUCCCCCUGCCGAAGAAUUCGACAUCGUUAUGGCCACGAAGUACAAGCACUUCGAUCGCUCUCUGGCCAAUGAUAUUGCUCUGCUCAAGCUGAACAGGAACAUUCGCUUUAAUGUCCACAUACAACCGAUCUGCCUGAUUCUCAAUCCGGCAUCAGCGCCCUAUGUGCACGAAUUCCAGGCAUUCGGAUGGGGCCAAACCGAAACCAAUCACUCCGCCAAUGUGCUGCAGACCACGGAUCUCACCCGCUACGACAACCGCCACUGCCGCUCGGUGCUGUCCAUGCCAAUCACAAAUAAUCAGCUUUGCGUCGGAUUUCAGGGAUCGGACACCUGCUCCGGCGACUCUGGCGGACCUCUGGUCACCAAGGUGAACUACGACGGAGUUUGGCGCUACUUGCAGUUGGGUAUCGUGAGCUUUGGCGACGACAAGUGCCAAAGUCCGGGAGUGUAUACUUCAGUAGGCAUAGAACAGUCACACGAAAUGAAGACAUCUCCGGCUUGGGUUGUCAUCGCCAUCUGCCUGAUCCUCCAGCAGAGGAUGGUGGACGCACAGUUCCUAAACCCGCUGUGCGGGGUUACAUAUGAAUCCCCAACGUCCAUGAGGAUCGUGAACGGGAAGGAAGCUGUGAUUAGAUCAGCACCGUUCAUGGUCUAUGUGACCAACAAUUCAACAGCGCAUUGUGGAGGAUCGAUCCUAAACUCAAGAUACAUACUUACUGCCGCCCAUUGCGUUUUUCCCAAUCUGAGAUUGCGACUGGGGGAACACAAUAUAAGAACGGAUCCCGACUGCCAGGGAUCGAAUUGCUCUCCCCGUUCGGAGGAGUAUGGCAUCAUGAACGCAAUAACCCAUCGAUAUUAUAACCCUGCCACCCAAGUCAACGACAUAGCUCUCCUGAAAGUGGACAGGAGUAUUAAUUUCAAUGUUCAUAUCCAGCCCAUUUGCAUACUCCUAAAUCCCGUUAGUGCGCCCAGUGUGGCUACAUAUCAGGCCUUCGGCUGGGGACAGACCAAAAAAAAUGGGUUUCCCCAUUUGUUGCAGACCACGGAACUUAGGGCAUACGAAGCCGCUUACUGCAGCCGGAGUUUACGUGCGUAUAUGACCGGAAACCAGAUUUGCGCCGGCCAUGAGGAACGGGAUACCUGUGCCGGCGACUCCGGCGGACCUCUGGUGACCAGGGUCGAUUUCGACGGAGUCAAACGCUACCUGCAGCUGGGCAUCGUGAGCUAUGGCCCCACGGAUUGCCAAAGCCCCGGAGUCUAUACAUAUGUGCCAAAUUACAUUAAUUGGAUUCGGAGGGCAAUGCUUAUUAAUGGAAAUUAAAUGCAUUUUAAGAAUAAAAGACGUAUUUAUU